UAAAGAAGACCUUGACCUUGACAUGAACGGCUGAGGUUAAUGCCUUUCUUGGUGGAAGCCCCGUUGUUCUGAAGUAAAAUCUCGGGUUUGGCUUGGCUAAGAAUGCUGAUUGACCAAUAAUAUAGCAUACAAAAUCGGUGGACAGCCAAGGUGGUCAAAAGGGGUAAUUUCAUAUUUAUCAGUUUUUAGAAUAUCGUUAAUCUGAAGUGGGAAGCUUGAAAAGGGCCAACUCCAUCUGAUGAUACCCCGUCGGGGUCGCAAAUGCAUAUAAUUUCCUCUCUUCCAAUUAUUUCUUUGAUUCCCAUUCCUCUGGUGCCAAGUUUAAGAGGGUUUCAGCUUUUCCUUUCAUUCAAUUCUUGCUAAGCUUCAAUUGCAUGAUUUCUGCGUCAACUCAUUGGAUUUCACAACACAUCAACCGCAUAGGCGAUACUUCUCUUUCACGUUGUUUCCUUUUCUUUUGGGAGGCACUGGAGUUCUAUCAUCAGGGUUCAAAUUGUGCAUAGGCAAUGGGACAAUGUUGGAGCAAGAUCAGCAAGGUGUGCAUGUGUUGCCGUGGUAAAAACAUUGGUGCUGAUAAUAACAAGAAAAACAUCCAGAAUGAACAUGGAGAUUGCACCUGCAAAGAUAUCCACCAAAUAGACAGCACCCAGAAAUGGGAGGAAAAGCUAUCAGAAGCGAAUAGGGAUGGCAAGAGUAUAAUUGUAAAUUUCUGUUCAUCAUGGUGUGCUCCUUCUAAAUCAAUUGCACGAACAUUCUGCGAUCUUGCUGAAAAAUAUUCCUCCAUCGUAUUUUUAAGUGUUGAUAUUGAUGAGCUUGGGGAGCUUAGUUCUUCAUGGGAAGUCAAAUCCACCCCCACAUUCUUCUUCCUUAAAAAUGGGCGACAAGUUGACAAACUAGUAGGAGCCGAUAAACGAGAACUCCAAAAGAAGACUGCUGCCCUUUCUAGUCUUCCAAAUGACUCUUAAGUAAAUAUUUUGUCUGAAAUCCUAUCUUACUAUUCUCCUCAUCAGAUUCUUGGCAGAAUCAAUCUUGUGUUAGAACUAAUUAGUAGCAGUGGCAAAUGUCAUUUCACAAUUUUCCUUGCAUUAUCCAAUCAAGCACACAAGAUAUAUAGUGGAGUUUGAAGGUUACAAUCAAUCAGAUUCUCAUGAGUCACUUUUUUGAAGAGAAUUCUCCUGCUUUUGCAACGUUAGUGUUCUUCAAACAGUUCCCUUCUGUAGACCUCUGCAAAACCACCAAUCCGAGGAGGGGUGAAAGCCAUAAUUGAAGCGACGAAGAAGAGAGUAAAUAGGUGAAGAAAUGUGAAUAGGAGUUCAAGAAGAAGAGGAACCAGAUGUAAUGCUUGACCCUUGCAAUUGAAAAUGACAAUUGGGAAAUCAGGCCACUUCAAUCAUCUUACAAAUGUGAUAUGGUCACUCAGGACAAGAAGGCACUAAUUAGCCUUCAUGGGAAUUGCAGGAGAAACUCAUUUGUUGGUUAAGAGCAGCUAGCUAGGGAUGACUCCCAGUUCUAACACAACCAUAGUUAGGGUCUUUUUGGUGUUACUGAUUUUGCUAUUGCUUUAAAAAAGCAAGGUACCUGUUUAGUAAUAAAAUAUAAAGUUGCUCUUAGAAGUUAUUUAUUA